AUGGAGGAACUUUGUUACAGCUUCGAGCAGGAAGACUCCACUCCUGAAUUUCUCUUCUGGGACCAGCCAGAUCCCAACGCUCAGCUCCAGCUGGACAACCUCCUCCUGGACUGCUCCUCCCAGGUAGACCUGUUCUCCCCUUGGCCCUCCCCUGCUUGCCCACGGGGGGAGGCGACCGGCGGAGCGGUGGGGCAGGCGGGGGGUGCUGAACUGGACAGCUCCCCACUGCCAUUGCGGGGACCCGCCACUCCACCACUGUCAUCGCCCCCUGGCCCCCGCACCCAGCGACAUGCCGCCAACAUCCGCGAGAGGAAGAGGAUGCUCAACAUCAACUCAGCUUUUGAUGAGCUCAGGUGCCACGUACCCACCUUCCCGUAUGAGAAGCACCUCUCCAAAAUUGACACGCUGCGGCUGGCCAUUGCCUACAUUGAGCUCCUUGGUGAGAUCCUCCUCUCCGGAUGCGAUCCCAAAUCCUGUGUGGAGCAGUGUCUGAAGAAUGGUUUGCAAAGCCAACAGCAGGCAGCCUGGAAUACAAGCG